AUGAGUGAGUUCGAUUUCACCCCCGUCGAACGAGAAAUCGAGACCGUCGAUGGACAAUAUUGGAAUGUUGUGGUUGUAAACAAAGCUAGAAAGAUGUCGAAAUGUAAGUUUCGUUUCCGCAUCGCAGAAGAUAUUGGCCAAGGAACUUUCGGUACUGUGAAGGAGAUAAUUACGCCUCGAGGCGAUCACUUCGCGAUGAAGCAACUCGAAUACGAUCCCAGAUACAAGAACCGUGAGGUUGCCAUCAUGCGCUCCCUGGAUCACCCGAACUGUUGUCGAUUGUUCUAUUACUUCGUCGAUAGAGACCCUUACGAGCGGGACAUGACCGUCAACCUCGUAAUGGAACAGUUCCCAACGUGUUUGUCGACUCUGCUAAUGCAGUACCGUCACAGGAAUGAAGAUAUGAACCUGAUCCACAUUCGACUCUAUCUCUAUCAGCUGCUGCGCGGAGUGGCUUACCUGCAUCUCGAAGGCAUCGCGCACAGGGACAUCAAGCCCCCGAACCUGCUCAUCAACGAGGCGACAUCUCAACUCAAAAUCUGCGACUUCGGCUCAGCGAAAAAACUCGUAGAGGGAGAACCCAACAUCGCUUACAUCUGCUCCCGCUUCUAUCGAGCACCGGAACUCAUACUGGGGAAUACGCUAUACAACUGUUCGGUCGACACGUGGGCCGUCGGAUGUGUGUUCGCAGAAUUGUUCAACCUGCGACCGAUAUUCGUAGGGGAAUCGAGUUUGGACCAAUUCGCGGAAAUCAUCAGAAUACUUGGCACGCCCAACCCUGAGCAAAUGGAGAAGCUGCAUCCUGACUUCCCCAAAGACAUAAAGAAGCGAGACCCGAUAUGCCUCAAGAAGCACCUCAGACGCUCAUGCACGCAAUCGAUUAGUCUGCUCACUAAGCUCCUCCAGUAUGCUCCAGACAAUCGAAUUCGAUGUUGGGACGCUCUAGCGGAACCUUACUUCGACGAGCUACGAAAGCCAGGGCUCCUGUUGCCCGGAGGUGGCAAGCCCCCUCCUCUGUUCAACUUCUCCGCUCGAGAACUCGAACAAAAUCCAGUUCUGAAUCAACUCCUGUUACCGGACGAAGAAGACAAAUCGAGGAGAUCGCUGAACAAGACGGAAGCAAAGACAGGAAAGAAAUCUAUGAACUAG